UCUCUACACACCACAUGACUGGGAGGGAGGGGGAAGGCGAGUGGGCGAGUGUUUGCGUUUGCGUUUGUCAGUGUGUUUCGUGUGUCUCGUCUGCUCCUGUCAGGCCCGUUCGUUAUGGUGGGCCGACACCAAAUAUUUCUCUCCAACUUCAGAUAAGACAAAAUUAUGGCUGCCAAUGAGCGAUUAAAUGUAGUAUUGGAACUCUGUGUAAUUCUGAUACUUCUACUACAAACAUGCUCUUCACAAUUGGGCAGUAAUGUAUGUCCCAAGUCAUAUCACAAGAUAUUUAAUGACGUAAUCCCAAGAAAUGGUACAGGCGCUGGAACAUACACAAAACAGAAGGACGAUGGCAUCAAUGAUUGCAUAUAUUCUUGUUGUCAGAAGAGUGACUGCAAUAUUAUUGUAUACAUAACAAAGCAAGAUGAAGCUGCAUGUUAUCAUGUGACAUGCAAUUCAAGUGUUCAGUGUCUUCCUGUACCACGGAAACGCGAUAGUGCUGAUACAACUAUUACUCAAGUGGCAUUAAUCAGACCUGUUGAUGACAAUUCAUGGUCCAGUCUUCUCACUGGCCUACAAUCUAACAGUGAUGCCUAUCCGUACGAUGUUGAAUAUGAAAGUGAUCAGCCUACCGCCUGUGAAGUUGGAGUUGAUAAUAUGUGUGGAGAAAAUGAGAGAUGUGUUGGACAGCAUGAUCACUCCAGAAAUGGUAUUUGUACUUGUGCUAGGGGUUUUAUUCGCAACUCUGAAGGAGAAUGCACUGUGUCUCCUGCCAGUAGCAUACUAUCUCGAAUCACUCCACUUAAUACACAGUUUCUUGAUGAAUCUGAUCCAAACGACCCCUCUUUUCAGAGGAUGUUUCUGGAAGGGGGUUCAUCUCAAUUUCACUCCUCAGACAAUUUUGGUAGAGAUCCCUCCACCUCUUUGUUAACCUCAUCAUCAACACCUAAGCCAUUACGCACAAUUGCGGUAUCUGCUCGUAAUAAAACUGUUCAGCUUCCCGAAAAUAAGGUUAAACUAUCUGCUUACACUGUCCCUCUUGAAAAAGAAGGGGAGCACUUUACCUAUGAAUGGGUAUUGCUGUCAAAGCCUGGAGGAGAAGAUAGUUCAGGGACCAUGAACAACAAAAAUGGCGCUACUGUUGAGCUAAAUGAUUUGAGUGAAGGCUUGUAUACAUUUAAUGUAAGUGUACGUGCUCAGGAUGGCUUUGGCUCAACUCUAGUGAAUGUUACUGUCUUACCUCCCAAAAGAUUCAAUCAAUUGCCAGUAGUUAUUGUGACUCCAGUGUCACAAAUUGUCAAGAGUCCAAAUCAUGGUGCUGUUUUGGAUGGCUCCUCAAGCACAGAUGAUGAGAAAAUAGUGAAAUGGCAUUGGGAACUUCAGCAAGGGCCACUUGAUUACAAAUCCCAACUGCAAGACAGUCCUACAUUGCAGCUAGAUAAUUUGUACCAACCAGGCAAUUACACUUUCAAGCUUACUGUCACCGACUCAGAUGGUGCUACAAACUCAACAACAGCUAACAUAACCGUUGUUGCAAGCAAGGAUUAUCCUCCCGAGGCUAAUGCUGGGGCAGACAUCAUUGUCCAUUUGCCUCAAAACAAUGUAACUUUGAAUGGAAGCUUAAGUAGUGAUGAUCAUGGGAUUACCAGCUGGGAAUGGACCAAAAGUGCUUCAGAUCAGAACAAAGCUGUUGAUAUGCAGAACACCCGAACUCCAUAUCUUCAGCUUUCAAACUUGGAGUUGGGGAUGUACACAUUCACACUAAAAGUUAUGGAUACUUCUAAUCAGUCCUCAGAGGCUGUUGUUCAUGUUUUUGUUAAGCCACCUACAAGCAAUCCCCCUGUUGUGGAUGCCGGAUCAAACGUGACUAUAGCUUUGCCGCAAAACUGGGCUCUUCUCGAUGCCUCCAAGAGCACUGAUGAUAACAAGAUUGUUGGAUGGAAAUGGGAAGAAAUAAGGCGUCCGCCCGGAUCAAACUCUGUGGUAUUCUCAGCACCAACUAAGCCACAAACAAAUGUGACUGACCUUACAAAAGGAGAAUAUGAAUUUCAUGUAACUGUUACUGAUGAAAAUAACAAUAAUUCCACUGGUUCUGUUUUUGUAAUUGUGACACAAAAUCAAAAUGCACCUCCAAAAGCUAAUGCAGGUGGAGAUCAAACUGUAAUUUUGCCUGCUAGUGUUGUUAUGCUGAAUGGCUCUCACUCCAGUGACGAUUUAGGUAUUGUUAGCUGGAAAUGGACAAGAGAACCAGACAGUCUUGCUAUUGGAAGAGUUCUUGGAAUAUCAGAUACUACACCAAUACUGAUGCUAACUGAUGUUGUCCCAGGGCGUUACGUAUUUAGAUUGAAGGUAACAGAUGAACAAGGUUCAUCCUCUGAAGAUACUGUGUCUGUGAUUGUGAAACCAGAUCCUCUCCGUUUUCAACUGGUAGAACUGACCCUUAAUAUAGUAGGUGAGCAGCUGACAAAAUCUCAAGAGGAUUCUCUUAGACUCAAGCUUUCAUUGCUUCUUAAGGAUAAUCCUGUUGUACAAGUUAGAGAACUUCGUGAGGAGCAUUACUCUGGUCGUGCACAGAUGUUGUUCUAUGUGGAAGAUAAAUCAGAUAAAACAAUUGUUCCUGGUCCACUUGUUGUGUCCACCCUUAAGACAAAGUUAGAACAAGAUGUUGGGUUACUUGAACUGUCAGUAGCUAACAUUCAAACUGAAAUUUGCCAAAAUAAUUGUUCAGGUCAUGGAGUAUGUGAUAAAGUUAGUAGGCUGUGCUUGUGUGAGGCAUUUUGGAUGCAAAAUCUAAUUCGAAAGUACUUAGGAGAUGCGGAAUCAAACUGUGAUUGGAGUAUUUUGUAUGUUAUAAUUGGAUUGUUCCUUAGUGUGCUUGUUCUCAUCAGUGUAAUUUGGGGUAUAAUCUGUUUAUGUCAAAAAGUCUUCUCCCCAAAACAACUGAAAAUCCGGAAACGGUACACUCCUGUUGAUUCUGCAGAGGAAGAUUCAUCACUUAUGAUACCAAAAUAUUCACAAGGGCCCCUGUUUACUGAUUCAGACACGGAUUCUGAUGUGGUGUUUGAAAACCAGCGGGGCAAAUUAAAUGGUGACAUUCUCAAUGGAGUAUACAAGAAAAAAGUUAAGAAUGGGGUAAAAUUGGGACGUCGUAUUAAAACGUAAGAUAACCUAUCUUGAUUUGGUAAAGAACUGACAAAGGACCAUAGAACAUAAGUGAUGUUUUCAGUAUUUUGGGGGGUAAAAUGUGAGUUAAUGCUCAUAAACAUUUUUUAUGAAUUCCACCACAGCUUGGCCUCAUCCUACAUUUAAGUUUUGUUCAUCUCAUCCCAGCUUCACUAGACCAUAAGCAAUCAUUCUAAUAUGUUCUCCAACCUAUUGAAUUAUCAAUUUGUACUUUGAUUUGAUUGAUUUAUUGGACUGAAUGGGGAGUGCGGUCAAUAAUGCCGAUGCCAAGUGGUAACCCUGCUGGCUCAGGCCUCCCCUGGUCAACCUAGAAGAGAAGUGUUAGAUUAAAAAAUGAUGACAACUACAUUUAGCACACUUUUUGGCCAACAGGGGCAAGAAAGUGCAAUAGAUAGUUCUUGAGGUAUGCUUUAAAUAGUAGCGAUGUGUUGUUGCGGACAAACCAAAUAAUAGUUAAUAUUGGUCAAAAGUAAGCUAUCUAUAUUGUAGAUAAACCCCAAUAGAAUUUGGCUACUCAAAUCAUUCCAUUUUAAAAUAUUAAUUUCUUUUCCUCCACAUUUUGAGAGGGCCUAAGGAUUCAUUUUAAGCAUUUUUUUUUAAAAAUAAAUCAUCUCAUUUGCUUUGAGAAUGUCCAUAGAAGACUGAAAAAAGAAAGAAAUAUAGGUUGUUUUGGGGGUGAUGUAUUCAAGAAGGAUCUUGCAAAGUCCUAUAGUAUUUCAUGACUACCUCAUUGAGUCAAAUGGUAGUCCAAUUUUGAGUUCGAUUGAACAAUCAAAUGCCAGUUUUUACUAUAGCACAGGUUGUAUUUUAGAUCUAAGAAGCAUCCAGUGUGUAUUAUAAUGGUGAUCUGUGUGUUGUGUACUUUAUUUUUGUAUGUUCAAUUUCAAGUUUUUAAUUAUUUUAUCAUAAGUUUUGUAUUCUAAAUUUUAUCUUGUCAUUGUUGUUUUACUAUAAGUUUCAUAUAUGAUCAAGCAAAGCUUUGGUUUAAGUAACAUACAUAUAACAUUUAUUAAGAACUAUAAGGACUACUAAUUACUGAUCAAAUAGUAGUCUUCCUUAAGUUUUUCUGAAGUUUCAUUCAAACUAUUUUUAUUUUACGUUUAAUACUUUGAGAAGUUUCAGUGAUAUUUCAUAUUCCUAUUGAUUGUAAUAUGACUUUUGUUUUAAAUUUUCAAGAGUGAGGAAAAUUGAACAAAUUUAAAUUGAUUGAUGACUGACGUUUAGGGGAAUAUACAUACUGUUGUUCCUGAAAAUCUUGGCCGGUGCCCCUUCCAUGCCAACUUAUGUAAGGCUAACAUACUGUACGUACAAUACAUAAGCUUGAGGUUUUUUAAGUUCUAUUGUUAUCCAACAAAUUAAAUGUAAUAAUCAUUGUGUUAGUCACCUCCCUUUCUAUCAGGGAAAUCAGGGUAAAUCUUGUGGUUUUUAUUCACAUUUCUGGAUGUCACUUUACUGAUGAUGAUGAUGAUGAUGAGAAAGUGCUUCCUGCCAAUGUUGAAACAAAAUAAAUCUAGUCAUUUCAAGUCAUUGUUCCCCUGGCUAUGUGGGUGUCAUGUCGAAGAGAGUUUGAAAUAAACAUCAACGAAAUUGC